UUUUCCGUUGAUCACGACUCUCUUUUCUAAAUUCUUUAAAAGGAGAGGAUAUUUAUAACAGAUAAUAGUUAAAAGAAAUUAAUUUAACGUUAAUUUAUUUAGUUAGUAAUAGCAAUUGUGAUAAGAUGCUACUUAUGCAAAACGAUUGAUAUCAAAAUUUUUUACUUAGGCUAUGAGUCAUUUUCAUCAGGAUACUGGUUCAUGUUGUUGAAAUGUCAUCUGAGUUGCGGACAAAGUUGUAGUAAUUAACGAAUUUCGUAAAUUUAUUAUUAACAUGGAUCAGAAGCAUCGGGAAACACUAAACUCAUGUUGCGAGGAAAUUAUACCUAAAAUAAACAUAAUUAAAUUGUGGCCAAAGCUUCUUCAAAAUAAAAUUUUUAAUAGAGAUGACGUGAAUAUUUCGCGUUGGGAGAAAAAUCUGACAGAGGAGGCAACUAUCCGUGAUAUAUAUUUGACCAUAAAAACACGUGGACCAUACGCUUUUAAUCGGUUUCUUGUAAGUUUAAGCCAAAGUAGUCAUGAAGAUUUGGCAGAUAUUUUAGAAGAAAGAAGAACUACACUUUUUAAUAAUGACGAUGAACAAAGAGAUAUUAAUCAUGAAAUUACAAAGGAUAAUAAUAUAAAAACUGAAAUUACAAAGGAUAAUAAUAUAAAAACUGAAAUUACAAAGGAUAAUAAUAUAAAAGAACCUAUUUAUGUUGAAACUGAAGAAGGACCACAGGGUGACUUUUUCCGCAAUAUACAAGUAUUAGAAAAACCAUUGCAAAUUUCUGUACGAAAAGCCACAUCAUUUUUAGAUGAUGCCGCAUAUGAAAAUGUUCAGACAUAUCCAAUGCGUAGCAAACCACAUGGACUAGUCUUAAUAAUAACAAAUAUUGAUUACGCGCAUCCAGAUAAAGAACCUAGAACUUCGGCAAUAUAUGACGAGUUAAAUCUGAAGCAGCUUUUUGAGCAAAUGGGUUUUCAUGUUUUCUCCUUCUGCAAUCUAACAGCACAGGAAAUGCUAAACGAAAUUAAAGAAUUUUCUAAACAUAAAGAUCUACGUAAGGUGGAUUCAUGUUUUGUUAUAAUUAGUAGUCACGGUAAUAUUAGUACUCAAUACGAAAUUACAGAAAUAGAGGGUGUGGAAAAACACAAUUUGGACACAAUACAAAGUCGUAAAACAAUUUUAUGUGUUGACAUUUUAAGUUAUUUUACUGCAGAAAAUUGUCCUCAUCUUGCAGGAAAACCAAAAGUUUUCAUUUUUCAAUUAUGUAGGGGUGCAAAGAAGCAAAAGUCAGUGAAGGAACCUAGAUACACAACAGAUAUAUCCAAUUUUCAACAACCUCUUGAUGAAAUGAUUCAUUUUAGGAGGAAUAAUAGGGAAAUGUUAAGAAGUUAUGAAGAUAUGCUACUUGUAUAUGCUACUCUUCCAGGAUAUGUUGCUUUCCGAGAUACAAUAACUGGUAGUUGGUUCAUACAGAUUUUAUGUGAAGUAUUUAUGAAAUAUGCUCACAAAGCUCAUCUUCAGGAUUUACUAAACAUGGUUGAUGAAAGAUUAAAAAUUCAAAGAACGAAUGGAGGAGAAUGUCAAACAUUAACGGUAACAUCGAUCGGAUUCAAUAAACAUUGUUAUCUCAAUCCUGGUCUUUUUCAACAAACAUGAUUAUAGAAACUUGCCAUUGAACAAAACGCGUAAUUUAUAUAUGUAGAUUAAUACUUUUUAUACAAAUAUUAUCUGUUUUUAACAAUUGAUUUAAAUUGGACAAAUUUUAUACAUCGAACUGCGUUGCAUUGUAUUUUUAUUAUAAUUUUAUAAAAUAUAGUAAGAAAUGU